GCGGUUGCGGUGGCUGAGACGCCAGCCGGACUUAAUGGGCAGGUUUUAAAUGGGUUAAUAGAGAGUGGUUGGUUCAUUUGCCCCCUUAAAUUUUCUUUAGCGGGGAGAGGUGAGUUCGAGAUUUGCCUGGAGGAAAUGGAGGCUGGUGGGGCCCCCACCGGGCUUUCUCACUCUGUGCAAUAGCUUUUCCUCUCUCGGCACAGCAGCCGGGCCUGAGCUGAGGGGGCUCUAGAACUGCCGCUGGUGUCAGAAACCGCUUCCUGAGAGAAGAAACGGCCUACAAAAGAAAAUGAAACUUUUUUCAGAGUCGCACAAAACAGUCUUUGUGGUGGAUCACUGCCCUUAUAUGGCAGAAUCUUGCCGACAACAUGUUGAGUUUGAUAUGUUAAUAAAGAAUCGGACCCAAGGAAUCAUACCUCUCGCACCCAUAUCAAGAUCACUAUGGACCUGUUCAGUGGAAUCUUCCAUGGAAUACUGUAGAAUAAUGUAUGAUAUAUUUCCUUUUAAAAAACUAGUUAACUUCAUUGUAAGUGAUUCUGGACCUCAUGUCUUAAACUCUUGGAACCAAGAAGAUCAAAAUUUGCAGGAGUUAAUGGCGGCAUUAGCUGCUGUUGGACCUCCCAAUCCUCGUGCAGACCCUGAAUGCUGCAGUAUACUUCAUGGCUUAGUUGCUGCUGUAGAAGCACUCUGCAAAAUUACUGAAUACCAGCACGAUGCCCGAACCAUGUUAAUGGAGAAUGCUGACCGUGUUGGAAACAGAGGACGAAUAAUCUGUAUUACUAAUGCAAAGAGUGAUAGCCAUGUACGAAUGCUUGAGGACUUUGUCCAAGAAACUAUACAUGAACAUAACAAGCUAGCAGCUAAUUCAGAUCAUCUUAUGCAGAUUCAAAAAUGUGAACUGGUCUUAAUUCAUACCUAUCCUUCUGGGGAGGAAAGCCUUGUGUCAGAUCGUCUAAAAAAAGAGCUCUCUUCUGUCUUAACCAGUGAAGUACAUAGUGUUCGGGCUGGACGGCCUCUGGCUACCAGACUGAAUGUUUUAGUACAGCAACAUUUUGAUCUGGCUUCAACGACUAUUACUAACAUCCCUAUGAAGCCCACAUUCAAUGUCUGUGACCAGGAAGAACAGCAUGCCAAUACCUCUGCCAAUUAUGAUGUGGAACUGCUUCAUCACAAGGAAGCACAUGUAGACUUUUUAAAAAGUGGUGAUAAUCAUAUGGGCAGCAGUAGCAAAGAGGGCACAUUUAAAGAAACCGUAACUUUAAAAUGGUGUACACCGAGAACAAACAGCGUUGAACUGCAUUAUUGCACUGGAGCAUACAGAAUAUCACCUGUAGAUGUAAAUAGUCGACCUUCCUCUUGCCUUACAAACUUUCUUCUUAAUGGCCGUUCUGUGUUGCUGGAACAACCACGGAAGUCUGGCUCUAAAGUAAUUAGUCAUAUGCUUAGUAGCCACGGAGGAGAAAUUUUUCUGCAUGUAUUAAGCAGUUCUCGAUCCAUUCUGGAAGAUCCUCCUUCAAUUAGUGAAGGUUGUGGUGGUAGAGUCACAGACUACAGAAUUACAGAUUUUGGUGAAUUUAUGCGGGAAAACAGACUAACUCCUUUUCUAGAACCCAGAUAUAAGAAUGAUGAAAGUCUUGAAAUACCUUUGGAACGAGCGAAAGAUCAACUAGAAAAGCAUACUCGAUACUGGCCUAUGAUUAUUUCACAGACUACUAUAUUCAACAUGCAAGCGGUAGUGCCAUUAGCCAGCGUUAUUGUAAAGGAAGCACUAACGGAUGAAGAUGUGCUGAAUUGUCAAAAAACAAUUUACAACUUAGUGGACAUGGAAAGGAAAAAUGAUCCUCUGCCAAUAUCAACAGUUGGAACAAGAGGAAAGGGUCCUAAAAGCACUGUAUGAUGCCCAGUGGGAAAAAAAUCUUUAUUUGAGCCAGAAGAAAAAAAGGUGGAGCCAAACUCAGACCACUACCUUCAUUAAUCCUGCCUCCAGACACAAAGCAACACUAGGCACAGGGAUGUGCCAUCUUAUCCAGAACAGGCUGCACACUGAAUUUCAGAUCAUUGGAGUGCUCAAUCAACAGUGCCUCUGUCUUGUCUGGAUCAAGUCUCAGUUUAUUUUUUUAUUUAUAGUUAUAUUUAUAUAUUGCCUUUCAUUAAAUGUUUCCCAAAGUGGUGCGCCAUCCAUCCAAUUCUGGCACCAAAUACUGGUUUAGGACUUCCAAACACUCCAUGUGAUUAUGGAAAUGAGAGAGAGCAAGAGCUGAGUAAUGUCUGCAUAGUGAUGGCUGCUGAGCCAAACUCUGUAGCUUUAUGAAUAGAUUUAUUGCGAUUGCCAAACUCUGUAGCUGUUAGACAGCAUGGGAAAUGAGAUGGAUGCUUAUGGCACCAUAUAGACCAUUGGGCAUAGAGUAGAGUAGCAGUCUUACCAGCUUCACCUUCUGAGAUCACACUUUGAGGAAAAACCAUUCUCACUGCAAAAUGGUGCUUCUUUAGAUAGUUCAGGAGGAUAUCAUGGUUGAUGGUACCGAGUGCUGAUGAGAGAUUCAGUAGAAUCAACAAGUUGUACUCUCUCUGUCUGGCAAUCCAGGCCUUAUCCAUCUCUGAUCCAGGGCAAAAGCCGGCUUAAAAAGGAUUCAAAUGAUGUCAUUUGGAAUUGGACCACCACAUCAUACUCAGCACUUUCCCCAGAUAUAGCAAAUUUGGCCAUUGGAAGCUGGAUUAAUAUAGUGGCAAUAGUAUAACAACUUCACUUCUCUUCAGAGUUCUAGCCAUCCCAGAAUAUGCUGUUAAAAUGGAUCUGGCAAUCUGAGACAGAAAUGUAGCAAGAAGAUAUUUGAGACAUUUUUAAUCUUUGUUAACGGGAGAACUGUGUGUAUAAGAAUAAACAUUU